AUGUCGGGACUCGGCGGUUCGCUAGGGCCACUAACGGCCCCCUUCAUGCUCCCCAACAACGCCCAAGGACUGGAUCUCUCCGAACAACACAAUAGCCACUACUUGCACCACUCUGCCGAUGUUUUGGAAAAACUGAAGAUGCAAGUACGAGACAUCAAAGUCGAUAGGGAUCGUAAAGGCGAGUACGACAGCGACCUAAAGUCGUCAUCCCUGCAUUCGCAUCUUCAGUCUUUGGCAUCCCUUUCGCAGCAUCAUUCGGUUAGUGGCAUUGGCGGCAAUAUCGGUGGAACUGUUGGCGGAGGAGUCGGGGUAAAUGCGCAGACAAACCGCGUAAAUGAGGAAGCUCAAUCGGCAGCAGGCGCUUUUCAGAUGCCGUACGCAUUUCCUCACCCAGUCGUUUCCUCGUUCAUGCCACCGCCCGCCUCCUCCGCACCUUCCGUGGUAUCAAACGGUGUCGCGGUCAACUCAUCGCCAGCCACUGCAGGGCAGCAGCAAGCAGGAUCCGCCAGUUCUAGCAGCUCCGAAGGAUCUGCCAGUUCGCAGCAAACGUGGUCUUUUGAGGAACAGUUCAAGCAAGUCAGACAGCUGUAUGAAAUUAAUGAUGACCCCAAACGAAAAGAAUUCUUAGAUGAUCUCUUUCAAUUUAUGCAGAAACGAGAGCCCCCAGUACAAGAUCGAGCUCAGAGCGUGGGCGAAGAUGAUGGUGUACACACGGCAUUUGUCUUGAAAAUCGCUUCAACUUAG